GAUCUUUGUAUAUAACUCUGCAGCCCUUUAUUAUUGACCAGGAUAACGAGGCGCAAUGCAGGAAUAAGAGUGUUACCGGCAACACAGAGCCUCAUUGAUAAGACAAUUGAAGAGCAGAUACCGUUCAAAUCGGAGUACUCAACUACUAAAAGAAACCAUGGCGCCAGUAAGCUGACGCUCAGAAAAUAACAAAAGGCCUUUGGAUAAACUACGUACAUAAGACAACACUUGGAGUAGAACUGUACGUAUUCCAUGCUGUGCAUGUUUCAAAAUGACGAUGAUAACGUGAAUGCUGUUUGCCGUCAGGUGUAUUUCGUCUUUACUCUAUUAAUGAGGCCAGGUACAAGUUAGAAGAGUAAAAGACUGAAAGACUACAUGAGUGACGUUCUUAAUAAGACCCUGGGGAAUAAAGUGAAAAUAAUCCGGAUCUGAAGUCACAUGCAUGGUCCAAUGAGAAUAACCAUUGAUGAAUACAAGUGAUACAACAGCCGGUUGGAAAAGCUGGGUUUUCUUCAUUCCGUGAUAAUACCUGAGAAGACAAUACUCUACGCAGCCAGUAGGGGAAAGAACUAAUUGCCACUCUAACCAACGCACAGCACCUAGAGAAAUUUGACGACAGAUAAAAGAUACGCCGGCGUGGACUUUCUUCUUGUUCACAGAACCUGAUACGAGUGCCAGCCUUGGCAUUAGUUCAUGCCUCAAGAUGGCGUGCGCUGGCAUCAAAAGGAAAGACCACACGUCGACGAAGACGUAUUAAUGGAUAUUUUUUGUCUGAAACUCCGUUUUGUUAAUUUUGAUAUUGAGAGUCCUGAACAACGAGAACAUUGGGCAGCACGGAUGUUGUAGCUUAUCGCGUUGGUGGAUUUAAAAACGCAACAUACCAAGAUUUUCUAUUAAAAGGAGAUCGGAACCCGGUCAAUAUUGGAUUACCUCUGUGGAAAAGCAACGCAAAAAAUCUUUAGGGCCGUUGUAGACGAGUGUGUAUGGGCUACCAAUCCAAGAAGGAAAGAUCAGUUCUCUUUGAUUGUUUACUUAGUGUGUGACGUGUGGGUUGAUGGAAACGACGGCGGUAUAGAUUUCUAUUCGAUCCAGUCCACUGUUAUUACCAGCCUAUGGACUGCUCCCUGCUUGCGCGCCAAUAUUGGACAUGUAUUAUAAUGGGAUGUGACGAGCUCGAAAUUAGACUUUAGUGAUAGACGAAAACUGGAAUGUAGGAAAACUUGGCUCCAGCAAGUAAUUUAAUGUAAUAGAUACCUUUGAAAAAGCAAGACAUCCGUAUUCUACACAUGGCCAAAGCGUGAAGCAUGCUGUAGCAGAAAUACUGAUUUAUAGUACCGUUUUCUUAUUAUGGAGAUGUAAUGUAGAAUACGAUAAGAAAGAAACAAAACCAUUGGAUUGCUUGUAGCCUUUGGACACUUAACCAAACGGUUCUGAAUGAUACCUGCGAAUUUGAGGAGCACAACAAGAACUACAAAUGCUUUUAUAAACAGUGACGCUACUGCUAAUGCACGCGAGUACAGCAUAAUCCCUGGUGUAAAGAUUUACAGGGAAAUCGCGGAGUUCCAGCGUUUCCAUUUUUGUCUUCAAGACAGAAACCCUACUGGAAGUGAAUGAAUCAAGGCAUGAUCUGGAUUUCAUGUCGUUUUGGCGCCAAAGAAAUAAUACUUUGAAUUUGAAGGGCAUGUUUUGAAUCAUUGAAUGGAAAUACAAACUGCUCACAGGUUUUAGUUUGAAGGGUGUGAACUGGCGAUUAAAAAAAAUUAAUAUUUCAAGAUAAACGCUGUGUUAGUAGAAUCACGAGGAAUAAACUGCACCCUGAAUAACCAUGGUGGAUCUACCUUGGGGCCACGUUUACGUCAAUGCAAGUCAAGAGAGGGGGACGUCUCCCGCCGUAAGCGGCCUAGGAGGGACUGAUACCUCCACCGCUGUAUGGGUAUAUCCACCCGGACAUGAGGCAAGCCUCGAAGCCAAAUUCGACGCUGCUUAUCACAACCAAAGCAAUAAUACCCAUAGCUUGGGUCCAAUAUACAACAGUUUGGAACACUUAAUCGUUACAUCCGUUAUUUUGGGGAUUUUCAUUCUCGCCACCAUUAUUGGAAACUGCUUCGUCAUCGCUGCCAUCGUUCUGGAGAAGCACCUGCAGAGCGCGGCCAAUUAUCUCAUUGCCUCCCUUGCGGUGGCGGACCUAUUUGUGGCGGCGUUGGUGCUUCCGCUUAGUGCGGUGAAUGAAGUCAGCACUCACUGGCAUCUCGGGAGCGAACUCUGCGACAUGUGGAUCAGCAUCGAUGUGUUGUGCUGUACUGCUUCAAUUUUACACCUGGUUGCCAUAGCGCUAGACCGCUACUGGGCGGUGACGGACGUCAACUACAUCCACCAGCGGAAACCCAGACGGAUGGUGAUAAUGAUCGCUGUCAUCUGGGUAUUCUCAGCCAGUAUAUGUUUCCCACCGCUUUUUGGAUGGAAAGACAAUAAAAACGACCCAUCGGUAACGGGACUGUGUAUAAUAAGUCAAGACUGGUGGUACACCGUAUAUUCCACUGGGCUUGCAUUUUAUCUGCCUUUAAUAGUAAUACUUGUUAUAUAUGCAAAGGUGUUUAAAGCAGCAAAAUCGAGAAUUCGGCGGAGACAGUUCCAAGCGCCAGUAACUUCUAAUGGACUUAAUGGGCAAAAGCCAGAAGAAGUGAGCACGCUUCUUACCCCCUACGGAGCUCGUUCCAGUUCCAAGCACCGAGAGUAACUCUGACACUGCGCAAAACAACGAAAACGGGAACGUCAAAAAUAAAGACGUUAACCGGAAUAAUCACCACCAAUCAGUGUGUGAAGACACCAUGUCUGUUA